UAAUAAAUGGUGAUACACGUUCUUGUCAGACUCAUAUUAGUCUUGUUACUCUCGCUGUAAUAAUUAUCUCUAUCUAUCUUCCUUGUCUUCUUCUCUCCCUCUUUGUUUCACUCUCUCAAACAACCUGCUCUUCAUUUUCCAGCGUCAGUUGUAGAGCGAUUGCAAGCUCAGGAACUAGUUUCAAACUUCCUAAUGAUUGGCGGUAAAGUAGUUUUGACGUAUAAACGAAAGAGAUCAUCAGUAAGGACCAGCCCUGUCCGUGAAGAUGGAUGCCCUAGGUCAUACUCCAGUGAUCAAAUUUCCAUAGAGUCAUAUGAAAAUCGAGUGUGUGAGCUUCAAGAUCAGAGUAAUGAUUCAGAGCACCUGAAAACUCGGAACUGGCUGAGCACUGUCAUUGAGGCACAAGAUACACCAGAGUCACUUGAAGUUUGUAAAUCAAGCACAAGAAAUCUAAAGAAACAUGUUGAAGAAUCUGCUUUCAGAGACACAUCCUCAAGUCAUGAUAAGUUGGGAAUUUCUUGUGAAAGGAUCUCUGAGAAGAACAUUUCAACAGAAUUAUCAUCCAACGAUCAUCCAAGUAUGAUGGAAUUGUGCAUGAACUCUGUUCGGUCAUGUGCUGAUGGACUUAACCAUGAAAGUUCAGCUUCUCAAUCAAUGAAUACAUAUAUUGGAAAGAACUCUGAUAUUCUGAGCAUAAAAUCUUUAAAUGAAAAAAAUUGUGCCUCCAAGUGUGUGGAUGGAUCUGAACUCAAUGAACUUGAUGUGAAAGAAAGAGCUCUACUUGCUAAAGGUAUAACAGCCAACAUCUGUGGCAACAUACUCAAAAGAACAAGGUUUUCUCCGCUUUUUAUUUUCAGGCGAAGGUCCAAAAUAGAAAAGAUUGCGAAUGUGAUAGAUGAAGAAAAGAAGUCACUGCUUGAGGAGGAUAAGGGUGCAUCACUAGACAAGGGUGUAAGUUCUUCACAAUAUAAAACCUCUAUAUGUGAAGCAGUAACUGGUGAAGACUGCUUGGUUGACCCCUUAAGAGAUCUGAAUCAGCCAGAAGUAAGCCUUGAGGUCGCCAGACAAGAUAUUUGUUCACCAUAUGCCCAGGCUGAUUCUAUUGCUGGAAUUCUGACUAGUGCUAAUCACGUGGAAGAAACACCUUGCAUGGAGAAGGACAUAAGUAAAGACAUCACACCUCUUGCCACUGACCAAGCAGAUCCUUCUGCUACUUGUGCCAGAAUCUCGUCAAAUAUUGGCAAUGAAGAUCUGUUUUGUGCAGCUGCGGCUGAAACUGAGCAACAGACGUCAUCUAUCAAGAAUGAUUUUGUUAAUAACAAGUCUCAAUUCGUUUCAAGUGAUAAUGUGGAGGGCAAAAUUUUUGAUCGCACGCGAUCUGAAGGCUCCCCCGGAUAUACAGAGCUAGCUGCCAUUCCUCCUGGUUCAUGUGGAGUAUUGAAUUGCAACGUAUCAUUGGAUUUGCGCUCCAAUGAAAAUCGAAUUCCUACAAUUUCAGAAGCUCAUCGUGAUUCUAAAGAUUCCACUAGCAGUAAUGCUCCUAUCCUGCAACAGUUGGCUCCCCGGGGCCAGCUUUUGGAUCUUCUAAAUCCUAAAGUAGGAGAAUUGUCAUUUGUGCACCAUGCUGAUGUUAAAGGUAGUUCCACAUUGGUUAAAGAUGGCAGUGGAGAGUUCAUUUCAGAGUACAUGGGAGCUGCAUCAGAGAACAAUUAUCAGCAGCACGAAGCAAUAGCUUACAGGGCUUCUGAAGAAAGCAGACUAUUUUCAUUGGAACAAGGUAGGAGCCAGCCCAGAUUUGCUGCACGAUCUGCAGAUUUUCUUGGUUUAUCCCUUCUUCCAGAACCCAGAUGUGUUUAUGCCCCCAAUGCGUGUAACUUUGUUGGAAGAACUAGCGAAUUUGUUCAAGAAGCACAUUCUCAGCUUUCUUCAGUUCAGAGAUCAUCUCUUGUCAGACAUGAACUGAUGCUUGAUAACGUCGUAACAAGAGCAGGAGCAGUAAACGGAAAGAGAAGCUGUUUCUUUGAUAAUUUCCAGAGGCCAACCACCUGGUCAGAAGAAGAACUGGACUUUCUUUGGAUUGGUGUUAGAAGACAUGGAAGAGGAAAUUGGAAUACGAUGCUAAUGGAUCCCAGGCUGCACUUUUUGUUGUGGAGGUCGCCUCAGGAGCUGGCUCAGCGUUGGGAUGAGGAGCAAUCCAAACAUUUUAGUGGCAUAUCACCAUUUCAUGGGAAGCAUUUUAGACCAACUGACAUCCACAAGAGGAACUACUUCCACUCCAGAGCUGGAUUCCCGAUGGAGGGUCUGGCUGAUGAAGUCCAAUUUUCACUAGGAGAUUCAAAUGCCUGUCAUCUAGACAAUAAUGUCCCAGUCAACAAUUGUCAAAUCAACGGGAUUGAACAGAUCCGUGGGCCAUAUACAAGCAUGAAUACACUUCACACCAAACACUAUGAUAAGUACUGCAGAGGAAAAUAUGGAAGCACGUCAAUUUCAGGUACUGAAAUUUCUUCAGCUGAUGGCGCGACAAGUGGUUUGACUACGAAGGGUAAUUUACCUCAUUGGCUCAGAGAAGCAGUUAAUGUUCCUCCAUCCAUACAUCCGCCAGGAAUGCAGUUUGUCAAUCAAACUUAUCCCGCUUAUUCUGCAGUUGGUAACUUAACAGAAGCUUGUACUAUUGGCACAUUAGGUAGUCGAAAUGGAGUAUCUGCGUCAAGUGGAACUGACCAGUGUCAUGCCAACGGACAGAAAGAUGACCUGAUUGUUAUCGACAGCGAUGCAUCUUCUGAAGAAACAAUAUCUGAUGAUCAUAACACUAGGCAUUAGCGUUAAGAAUAUAUAUUGUGUAAUAUGUAACAUCAAUGUAAUUUUAUAUUGGAUUGGUGCUCUCGAAA